AAUUUUUGAACAUAUUUUGCAAAGUACAUUAACAGUUUGUGUAUUUUAUUUUGGUUGUAUUAGGGAAGGCUUGGAAAAUCUGGAUUUAUAUAUGUUCUUGUCACUGUUGUGUAGUUUGGAUUCAAGGAACAUAGGAGGACAACAGGUGUGGAAGCACAAAAGCUUGUGGUGAAUUGAGGAAGUUGGUAGAAAUUGUUCAGUUUGUCAUAACUUUGCUGAUAAAACUAAAGGUAAUAAUGAAUAAAAACCUUAAACUUUGUGGUCAUGACAUGAAGUUACUUUUUAAAAAACUCUUUGUAAGUGGCAAAAUUUAAAAAGAAAACAUUUCUAGUUUUUCAAGAGUGAUUGGAUCCAUUGUCUUUUUUCAAGUCUGGUGUAUUCUAGUUUUGAUUUAUAUGGCAUUAUCCAUUUGAUUUAUUUGGCGUUAUUUUUAAUUGUUAAAUGAAAUUUAACCUUAGUAUGUGUUGUGUAGAAAGUACACCAACCUCUAUAUUUAAGCUACAGAUUGUUUCUCUUAGUUCUAGUAUUUGUAUUUUUGCUCUUUAUGAUAAUCAGAAUUUACUUUGGAGAGAAAAUACAACAACAGACAAAAGAAGUGGGUUGAAGGCAAUCCUGUUCUAAAACCAGAAUCAAGUAUUGAGGCUAAAAUUUAGUUUCUUAAAUUCAAGUCAGCAAUUUUAUUGUGAUGCUAAUACUUUAACACACUUCUGAACUUCAGUAAUUGCUCACGGUAGGAUUGAAUUAGAAUUAUCUGAUCAGUAAUCAGUAAUGUGAACUGUUUAUGUCAAUACACAUAGAGAUUUGCACUACUGUAGCAUCAGAUAUUGGGAGAUUCAGAAAUGAUGUAUACAUGGUGGAUAUAUCCUUUCUGAAUUCCUAAAGAAUCAAUUUUUAUAAAGAGGGACUUCAUGAUGGUAUGUUGAGCAAAAUAUGACUCUUGAUUUGGCAGCAAUAAGACAGCAAUACUACAUUGUUUUCAUUAUCAUGGUUCAGUGAAUAACCUCUGUUGGUGUCUACAUAGAAUCUACUGUUGUAGACUCAUAGAGUUAGCCCAUGCUCUAGAGUUGGAUUAUUAACAAUAUUGGAAUAUCUCUCUUCCCCAAUCCUCUGGCUAUCAAAAACCAGAUGACAUUCUAGUCAUACAUUGCUUGUAGAAAAUUGGUUUUGGUAAGGCUUGUGUGAUUGGGCCUUCCUUCCUCAAGGACCAGCUGUCAAAAUAUCCUUUGCCACAAAGAUGGUGUUGUUAGAAGAGGAUACUCCUUCUUGAGGCUAUGAUUGAACAUAAGAUUGGAGGCAUUGUCUUAAGCAUUUUGAACCUGGUAUUUUGGUCAUUGGCACAUAGAGUAUGAAAGAGUAUGUGUGUUCCUGCUUGCCAUCCUCCAUUAAAAAUAUGCCACAUCACUUUGACUGUGCUCAGGGGAAGUCUUAUAUCCGAGCACAUAAGUAAUCAAGCCUCAAAAUUAAAAGAUACAUAUUAUUGUUGCAAGGUCAACCAAGAUGCAGUUUUACUUGGUAAAGUUGGUGGAAAGUCUUCUGAUCACUGUUAUAACCUGGGCAACUAGGUUCAGCAGUGAAUUUAGAUCAUACCAAAGCUGUGAGCCUGAAUGACCAAAAAGGGCUGUAAGUACAAUCACUAAUAGAAGACCUUCUUCCUCUAAACUUCAAGAUCUGCAAACAAGUAUUAAUUCAGUUGUGGCUGCUAGAUACUUUCAGUCAAAUCCAAACAUCCAUAUUCUGCAUUUGGGGUAUGUGGAAGUGAGGAAUACUGUAUCAGAUAGGAAAACAAUGGCUGGCAUCCAAAGAAUUGCCACAGGAGACAAAGUGGACUUCAGACUUUAACAGAUCCCCAUGGUGUGUGGUGAACUUUUUUUUUUAAUUGAGGAUUAUUCAAAAGCAGUUUGGGAUACAACAUAUAUGGCAGUUUUCAAAAGAAAUAAAAACCAGCAUUGCACUGAUCAAGCCUUGCUCUUGAGCCUGAGCAGAUCUUUGAAUCCCAAGCUAUAUGGUGCAUCAAUAUACAAUUAAAAUAAAAUGUAAUGAAUAAUAGAACAUGGAACGAUGAUGAUAUUUUGAAAUUAUUCUGUUCUAUGUGUGUAACCUUUCGGUUAGGAAAACUUGUAUUAGCUUUUAUAAUGGAAAAGUUAAUUCAUUAUUUUUGUAUGCAGCUUGGCAAAAGAAAAGGUUAUGUAUGAAAAAGAAGCAAAACAACAAGAAGAAAAGAUUGAGAAAAUGAAAGCUGAAGAUUCUGAAAAUUAUGCCAUUAAAAAACAGGUAAACAACUUUAUAGUUCAUGAAUAUAUGUUAUCAGUUGUUAUUUUUAACUGAAAAGUAUUGUGUGUAGGUUUUUUUAAAAAAAGUUUCAAAUUUGUGUUUUUGUGGACAUAUAAAAAGAAUAUUUAGUGCUAUACUAGAAGUCUCCGAGUUGAGGUCCCAGGGAAAGGAGUUAAACUUCCUCUCACCUGCCUGCAGUCUGGACUGUUCAUCUUCACUUUGGGUGUAAAAAUGAUUGCCUACAUAGUUAAUUCUAGAAAUAUUAAUGGUUUGCAGAAAUAGUAACGAAAUAAGCAUUGGGGUGAAAUAACUGGUCAUUGGUGCUCUGGAACAGGUUUCAAGGAUUAGAAAUGUUGCCUUCUCACACAGUGCAUGGCACUGGCAGUUUGUGACUAUGCCAUGUGCCAGCCCUCCUCCAACCUGUGGAAUUGCAGUUGUCCUAUCAGUCAGCCCUUAGGUCUGCAGAUGCUGUUGCUGAAAGGCAGGUCAGCUCUGAGUAAGGCCUCCCUCAUCCAUGAUCUGAUUAUGAAUGAGACGGUUGAUCUAGUCUGUUUCACUGAGACCUGGGUAGGUGAGCAGGGUGGAGUUGAUGCAGCAUCAGGGCAGACUUGAGCAUUUGUUUUGGGAGUGGGUGUUGCUGUAGUCUGUAGAUAUUCCAUCUCUUUCCAGGCAAUCUUUUCAGGACUUCAUAGGGCCUGUCCCAACAUGACACCAGCCCAAUGCAUUGGCAGGCCACAAUCUGGACCUUGUUUUCUCAACUGAACAGGAAGAGGGUGAUCUGAAGGGGGGGGAUAUUGACAUCAUUCCCUUAUAAUAGUAAUAUCAGUUCCUGUUGAGGUUUAGGCUUUCAGCACCUUUUCCCCUUUGCAGAGAUGGGGAACCGAUUAGGGUGGUUUGCCCUUAGAGGCUGAUGGAUCCAGUGAAUUUCCAGAGGACUCUGGGGAAAUUUUUAGAUGCUAUGAUUGGCACUCCUGUCAAAGCCCUGGCCAACCUCAGGAACAUGCAAAUGGCUUGGGCCAUUGACACAAUUGCCCCUGGGCACCUUACAAAUGUGUAGUCUGUUUGGUUUCCUAGUAUACUCCAAAGCAUAGGGCAAGGAAACAAGCUGGAAGACCACUCAAACACAACUAUAAGAAAUAUCUGAUUGAAUACUGGUGAGGACUCAUCAUUGAGCCUACCUAGUGGCAGUAAAGGCACCAAAGAAGGCAUACUUUGCUGCCCCCUCAUUGCAUCCUCAUUGUGCUGUCCAGCAGAGCUUUUCUGGUUAGUGCAGGGCUUCUUACCAUCUGACCUGAAAGAGGUGGCAGAACUGAUGGUAGCUGUGACUUGAUUGCAAAGCUUUUUGAGGAUAAGAUCGCUUAUAUCCACAGCAGAUGAAUCUCAAGGGGUGUCCAGAGCUUGGUCCAGUCCUGUUCUGAGUUUUAGUUAGUAAAGCUUGAGGAUGUGGGAUGGGUAGGUGGCACUGCUUUGCAGUGGUUCUGGUCCUACUUGAAUGGUUGUUUCCAGAGGGUGAUGCUUGGGGACUGCUCUUCAGCCCUUUGAAGCCUUCAGUGUUGGGUUCCUCAGGGUUCAAUUUUAUCCCCCAACAUCUACAUGAAACUGCUGAGUGGGAUCAUCCGGAGUUUUGGAGUACAGUGGUACCUCGGGUUAAGAACUUAAUUCGUUCUGGAGGUCCGUUCUUAACCUGAAACUGUUCUUAACCUGAAGCACCACUUUAGCUAAUGGGGCCUCCUGCUGCCACCGCGCCACCGGAGCACGAUUUCUGUUCUCAUCCUGAAUCAAAGUUCUUAACCUGAAGCACUAUUUCUGGGUUAGCGGAGUCUGUAACCUGAAGUGUAUGUUACCUGAAGUGUAUGUAACCUGAGGUACCACUGUACUGCAAUGUGUUAUAUGUAAGACUGCCUCUGAAGAAGGUUUGGAAACUUCAUCUGGUGCAACAUUCAGGGGCCAGAUUGACCAUCAGGGCAAGACAGUUUGAGCACAUUACUGCUACACUGAGCCUACUGCACUGGCUUCCAGUUAGUUUCCGGGCCCAAUUCAAACGGCUGCUCUUGACCUAUAUAGCCUUAAACAGAUGAACCAGAGCAAACCUGGCAAUCAUAAUCUGAAGCCAAUCAUUGUAUGAAGCCUUUCUUUGUGUGCCACCUCAACAAGAGCUCUGGUGGGUGGCAACAUGAGAAUGGACCUUUUCUGCAGUGGCUCCCUCCCCGUUUCUGGGGUACUCACUGCAGGAGGUUUGCCUGGUGCCUUUAUUAGAUACCGUUAGGAAACAAGCAAAAACAUUUCUCUAUAAUCAAGCCUUUGGCUGAUUAACAUUCUAUGUCCUUUUAAAUGUGUUUUUGGGAGGGAGGUUAUUGGUUUGUUUUUGUUUUAUUAUGUAUAUUUUGUGUUCUCAUUCUGUAUUUUCAUGUUGUGAAUUAGCCUGUGACCUUCGAAUGGAGGGCAGUAUUUAAAUUUAAUAAAUAAAUAAAUAAAUUAUUUCUAGUCUGUAGAAACUGAUUUGCCUUAAGUUACAGUGCCCAUCACUUUUAUGGAUUAUAGGGUAUCUUAGACAUUCUAUUGGAAUCGUGCAGACUGUCCUGGUGCUGUUGUAUAACUAUAUAAACAUGGACUCUGUGGUCUUUUAAUUGCCCUUAAGUUGAUACACAUGAGGUCUUUUAGAUCCCUGAUCCCUUAUGCAUGCAUCAUUUCUUUUAACUGAAAGCCUCUUAGAGUUAUGGUUGUUGUUUUUUAAAAAUACCGAAUGUUAACACCGCUUAACUAAAUUGCUGCAUCAUCAUGAGAAGCUAUUAUGCUAUUUUAAUGAUAGUUUGCUAAGAGACAUUUAGACUCAAUACCAUGGACAUAAAGUGCUCCUCAAUUUGCUCUCCCCCUUUUAGUUUAGGUGCUCUAUCUUUCUAGUGAAAUCCACAAAUAGUGUAGGAAGAACCCCAUCUGCCACUGUUGUAUCCCCAGCAUUGAAAGUGGUUGUGUAGAAAGAAAGAAAAACAGAUGAUUCUGAUCAUGGAUCUCUUACAUUUUGCAUACUUUGGUCCACAAUUACAUGUGGACCUUGAAAUCUGUUCUGGUUUUCAUAGUUGGAAGCUCAAUAGGACAUUGUUUGAGAUACCUUGGUCUAGUGGCUUUUAAGAAGCUCCUUUUAAUUCCUUUUGGUACCACAGCGCUUUAUAGGUUGAAAGAAGCAACAACAUUAUAAAAUAAAUUCAGAAUGGGAGCUUCUGGUCACUGGAGUUGUUGCUUGUUUUCUGAAGACAGAACGUAUACUCUGUCUACGUGUCAGCUAAAUUGUGGAUAUAUUUUUUUCAUGACUACAGGUGCUUGCAGUUGCACACACUGGAUUCUGUUAAUACUUUUGCUUAAAUACAAUCAUGUGAGGGCUUAAAAUUCAUAUAAUUGUUGUUAAUUAAUUUUCAUUUCUAUCCAGGCUGGAUACAUGAUAGAAUUAGCUGUUUACACCACAUUUUCAGUGCAUGAUUUUGAGGGUUAAAAACAUUCCAUGAUUUUGUAUGCAAUUACAAAAUUGUUUUCUGUAGAUGUAUGCAAGAUGUUCAAAUUCAGUGGGGUGCCAGACCAGUAAUUUUGUUCAAAAAGCAUGGUGAGAAUAAUCUCUCUCCUAAAAUGAAGCCCAAGAAUGAGUAAUAACUUUUUAUGCAUGAUAAGCAUCAAAAAUAUGAGCCUGCUGGUCUUUGGUUUUCAUUUUACUUUACCUUUGUCUUUUAGUCAGAACCUCCUGCAGUGAGCAUACAAUGUGAUCAAUAACUCAAUAACUUUUUUCAUGCAGUAAUUAUCUCUGUGUGGUAUUAUCUGAACACUGUUUUUAUUUAUUACCAAAAAGAUGCAGGAGAUAUUUAUAUAACCAGCUGAUCCCAUUUUGGACGAAGCUGUUUUUGACAGCAGGGGAAAUAGUUUAUAUUAAAUAGUUUUUAAAAACAAAUAUUUCAUGGAAAGCUUUUUAGCAGAUCUUGCUUUGGUUUUAAAAAGUAUUACUGAGUACUUUAAAAAAAUUAUUGUAUAUAGAGUAACUUCAAUAGGUUUGCAUUAUUUUAAGCAGCUAAACAGUAGAGUUGUAUACUAAAAUUGAAUAGUUCAUAUACUUAAUGAACUUCCAUUUUGCAGAUUGAGGUCUUGCAAGAAUCUCGAAUGAUGAUUCCUGAUUGCCAACGCAGAUUAGAAGCUGCACAUGCAGAUCUUGCUCAGCUAUUAGUAAGUAAAAAAGCAAUGACAUUUUAAUAAUCAAUUGAUUGAUCAUGCAUAUGUCUCAUUGCUACCAAAACUUUAACAAAUAUUCAUUUCAGGAAUACUGAAGGAACUUUGAGAAUCUAAACCAAACCUGCCACUUGCUUGAAGGAAAAGACAUAUUUAAUAUUUGUUUAUUUUCUGUUAGAGUAACCAAUCCAAACCAAAACCCGCCCCCCUGCAAAACAUGCCUGCUAACUUUAAGGUACAAAAAUUAAAAUUUGCCCUAGCAAUGAAUCAACUACAGCUAUAGUUAAUUAAUAUUUAAACUCUUUGAGCUUGCAGCUUUAAAUUUCUGCUGUUUAUCUGUACUUUGGGAAUUGGUGUAGAAGUAAACCUAGAUCAAGUAUCAGAUUUGGCCUCAGGAAUCCCAGGUUCAUUUCCUUCUCUGCUGUGAAGCUUUGGGCUAGUCACCAUCUCUGUGUCCGUAUCACAGAGUUGCUGUGAGGAUAAAAUGGCGGUGGGGAGAACCAUGUACAUCAGCCUAAGAAGCAAAGGGGAUGGGGGAUAAAAAUAAUGCAGUGGGACUGAGUGUUCUCUCUCUAUAAUUCCCCACUUCAACUUUAGGCCCAUACGAAACAGGAUUUGAAAUCUGCUUUAGACCUUGGUUUCAAAGUUUAUUUAAGAUAGAACCUUCAUAGCAUUAAUCUUGGCUAAGAUUUGUGACAGGGACUUGCCGAUCAGAAGGUUGGUGGUUUGAAUCCCCGUGACGGGGUGAGCUCCCGUUGCUCGGUCCCUGCUCCUGCCAACCUAGCAGUUCGAAAGCAUGUCAAAGUGCAAGUAGAUAAAUAGGUACCGUUCUGGUGGGAAGGUAAACGGCGUUUCCAUGCGCUGCUCUGGUUUGCCAGAAGCGGCUUAGUUAUGCUGGCCACAUGACCCUGAAGCUGUACGCUGGCUCCCUUGGCCAAUAAAGCGAGAUGAGCGCCGCAGCCCCAGAGUCGGUCAUGACUGGACCUAAUGGUCAGGGGUCCCUUUACCUUUACCUUUAAGAUUUGUGGCAAGUUGCCAGGGGGCUUUAAAACUAAAUAUCAUGAUAAAGUGAAGAGCUAUGUUAGGUCUGUACUGGUGUCAACAUUUUUUUUGAAUCCAGGUGCUUACUAUCACAAUACUGCCAAAGAAAAAUGCACAUUACAUACUGUUUUUUGAAAUAGGUGAUUUAGUUUGCCCCUAAAAACAACACCACCAUAGAAAUAUUUGGAGUAGCAAUCAUUAUCUUAAUCAUUGAUUGAACUGAUUGCUCCAAAGUUAGUCUAUUAGAAUCACUGGUAUGCAUACUAACAUUGUUUUUGAAGGUUUUCUACUUGGUUGCUUUUCUAUAUGCCUCCCAAAACUUCACCUCCUUGGAAUUGAAUGGAAAAGUGAAAUGGAGUUCAGUAUCAUUUGCAUAUUAGUGGCAUUGCACUCCAAAUUCCUGGUUAACCUUCCCAGUUGUUUCAUGUAGAUUUUAUAUUCUACAUCCAUUACAUUUAUACUUAUCUGAUCAAGGCAGAACAGAGCGGUACUAUGACUUAUCUUGAUUGGGACACUAUACUUCUGUUGAUGCAGCCUAGAAUAGCAUCAGCUUUUUUUGCUACUGCAUCACACUGCUGAUUCAUGUUAAACUUGUGGUCUCCUUUUCACAUGUGCUAUGGGCAAGCCAGGUGUCCCCCAUCUUACGCUGCAGCUGGUUCAUCCUGCCUAAGUGUAGAACCUGACAUUUUUUUCUAUUGAAAUUCAUUUUGUUUGUUUGGGUUCAGUUCUCCAAUCUGUUAAGGUCUUUUAAAAUCCUGAUUCUGUCUUCUACGGCAUUAGCUAUCCCUUGUAGUUUAGUGUCAUCUGCAGAUUUGAUGAGCAUCCCCUUAAUUCCUUUAUCGAAGUCAUUUCGAAAGACAUUGAACAACAGUGGGUCUUUUUUUUUUGAGAAACCCAUGCUGGGUCUUAGUAAUCAUGGCAUCCUUUUCUAAGUGUUCACAGACCAGCUGUUGAAUUAUCUGUUCUAGGACUUUCCUGGUGUUGAAGACAAGCUGACCGGUCUUUUUUCCCCUUCUUGAAGAUGGGGGACAACAUUUGCCUGUUUCCAGUCUGCAGGGACCUCACCUGUUCCCAAAGAACUCUCUAAAAUUAUAGACAGAGGCAAACUCCUUUAGUACCUUUGAGCACAGCUCAUCAGACCCUGGAUAUUUAUUCAUUCAAAGUAGCUAGGUGUUCCAUUACCUAUCUUGGGCUGCAGCUCCCUCCUUGCAUCAUUUAUUCUGGUAUCACCAGGUUGGGUUGCUUUCCUCCUGGGCGAAAACAUAGGUAAAGUAGGAAUUGAGCAGUUCUGCCUUCUUUCUGUCACCCAACAGCAUUUCUUUCAUCUUCUCUACGCAGAGGACCUAUUAUUUCUAUGGUGUUCCCCUUGCUUUGAAUGUAGCCAAAUAAACUGUUUAAAAUUAUUUUAAACCUCUCUUGCAAGCCUAAAUAUUUAUAUUUUAUUGAAGAAUUUCAGUGAGAAAAUAAAGUAAAUGAACAGAAAAAAAUAGAAAAAUAAAAGGGAAAAAAUACUUGGAAUUGUGAUACAAUACAAAUAUAGGUAAUUUAAGUCUCACACAACUACUGCAUCUCUCCUUUUUUACUGUUUGGUAAUCUGCUCUAGGAAAGCAUCAUCCAAGUCUUCAGUCUGGCUUGGAGGUCUAUAGCAGACACCCACAGUGAGGUUACUGUUGUUUCCCUCUCCUACAUCUCCUCUCAAAUCAUCCUUCCAUGCUCAAGUCAUUGGAUCUCUUCACAAGUGUACACAUCCAUUACAUUUAAUGCUGCUCCUCCUUCCUUCCUGUUUGAGCUAUUCCUUUUGAAUAGACCCUCAAUUUAUACAUUCCAGUCACCCCACCAUGUUUCCAUAAUGCCUUUUAGAUAAUAUUUGCCAACCUGUAUUAAGAGCUCAAAUUCAACUUGCUUGUUUUCCAUACUCCGUGCAUUAGUAUAGAGACAACUGAAACAAUGCAUUAUUCCCUCCAGUUGAUUCCUUCUUGUAGUUUUUUGCUCUUUAGCAUGCUUUUUUUUAGCACCGCCUCAGUUUUCUGUGCAUCCAUGAAGCUAUUAUCCCAAUACCAGGUAUUCCCCUGUCAUAUGUAAUAUUGUCUCUAUCCCCCUCAGGAGGGGGACAGUAUUGGCAUCUGCUGAAGAGAUUGGCAUCUGCUGGAGCACCAGGGCAAUAGAAACAUCUUCCUUGCUCUGGCAAUGAAUGUGAUAACAAAGCUUUCAGAUUUUACUAUUGUUUGUGACUGAUUAUCCAUGUUUUGACUUUUCUAUGCCAAUCAAGCAGGGGCUGAGUACUUCUUUCCUUUGGGAUUCAUGCUAGCACUUUAAAUGGGAACACUUCUUUGCAAGAUUGUGUGGAUUUAUGAUUAAAAGCUAAAGAAUGGAUUUCAGUGGGCCAAAAAUCAUUUAUUAAAGGUCAGUGUGUUUUCAAAAUUGGGCCUAUGCAGUGAGAAGUAAGCACCGUAGCUCAUUACUAUAUCACCCUUUACCAAUUCACUAUCAUAUGACUGUCAAUUGAACCUAAUAAACUGGGUAUUAUGUCAUGUUCUGCUGCUGAUAGUAUCUAUCAAUCAAUCUUUAUUGGCAUAGAAAAAGUGCAUUGUAUACAUGGAUCAGAAUACAACACAGUUAACAAAACAUAGUAAGAGAUACUUUAGGAUAAAACUGUCCAGUGAGGUACGAAAAUGGCUCUUAGGACCUAUGGUGACAUAAUCUCAUAGUGUCACUCAAAAAUCUUGCCACAUUCUCCACAACAUCAUUACUACAAUAGUUCAGCAGAUAAGACACACUGGAAGAGUGCAGUAAAUCCUUUCCUUCAGUAAGGGGGCCAAAUACUUACCAUAUAUUUUUGCAUAAAAUGGGCAGUAAAAUAAAAUGUGUGUAUGGAUUCAACCUGUUUUGUGCCACAAGGACAUUAUCUUUCAGAGUAUGGGAUUUUCGAGAAUCUAUCUUGCAAAACUGCAGAUGGUAAGAUGUUAAAUCGCCAGGGAAAGAGUUCUGCAUAGGUGGGAAUCGUAAAGCUGGUGUAAAUAUGGAGUGUCCUGGCCAAACAAGUGUGGAAUUCCCAACCCCAAUGGGGAACAGGUUUUAUUGGCUGUACUGCAAAGGGUUUGGAAUUCAUUCGCUAGGAUUCUUCACUUGAUUAUCUGGAAUACUUCCAAUUGUGGGCUCUGCAGAAAGCUGGGCUCAUUGCAAUCCAAACUGGAUACUGAGUAAUAUCCAGUGUUACUCAGAAUAGACCCACUGAAAUCCAUGCACUCAGUCUGUGUAUGACUAACAUUGAAUAUUACCCUAUAUGUUGGGAACUAAAGUGCUAAAGCCUCCUUCAUGACGCAUAUCAAUGCAAACAAAUAGUUUUAAGCUUUAAUAAUUUGUAAAAUAGUGAAAAGUGUGCUUUGUUUAAUUUCAGGAAAAUGAAAAAGAGUUGGAAGAAGCUGAAGAAUAUAAAGAAGCACGUUCGGUACUUGAGUCAAUAAAGUUAGAAGCCUAGAUAGAGUAGUGAAAAAUCAAUGUAUGCUUUGGGUCCAUUGUUAACAUAAAUGGUCAGACAUUAGUAAAAUGUAUUUCCUAAAGUAGUGCUAGGAAUUAUGAUGUGCUCAAAUGAUCUGUACCUUUUUUUGAAACCAUUUUUGAAAGUUGUAAAAUCCACAAUACAAAUUACAAAUAAAAACAAAAAAACAAGCCCAGAGAGCAUUUUUCCUUAUGAUUUGUAAUACAGAACGUAUCUUACAGAAGUACAACAGUAUUCAGAAACACACAUCUGUAUACAGUCUACACCAGCCUGGGCUGCUUUGUAUACAGUUUAAGCACUUUAUAUGGAAUCUUAGUGUUUUAGCAUAAAGGUCCUGAAACACCUGCCCUUAUUCUCCUUUGUAUACAAGAGAGUGAAAGUUGUGGAGAUCUUGAUAUAUCUUUUCUGUAAGGGAGUACAGUGGAAAUCUGACAACACAUCUCAGGACUUUGCAAUUUUUAAUUGCUGUGGCAUUUAGGUGUGCUCCCAAAAUAAGGCUCAAAAGAAGGUGGGUCUCGAAGAAGCUAUGUAAAUCACUGUGUUAUUAAGACUAUCAUUCUCUCUUGCUUUCUAAUUCUGAGAUCCUAUAGAUUCUAAUAUCCAAAUUGUGAUUCCUGUUUUUUAAAUCCUUCAUGUUUUCAGCUUUCCCCCCGAUAGACUUGACUGAUAUUUCAACCCCAUGUUUAUAGCCAUAUUUGCCAUUUUAGCCAUGUCUGACAGCUUAGUCGCUGCUUUGGUCGCUUAAAAAAUGCCUCGAUAAUAGCUGCCCAUUCUGUAGUUAAUUCUUUUAAUGCUGCAGCUAUGAAGCAGUUCUUAACCCCUCUCCCUUAAACAGUGUUGCUUUCUGGUGGGUUAAGUGUUUAAUGGAGAAGUCAUAGCCAUGUUGUGUAAGGAUAUAGAACCUGUGUAACAGCUUACCCCACUAUGUACUGAGAGCAGUACUGUAGAAGUAAGAGUAUGAGAAGUGGCUAAGAAAAGAAUACCAUGCGACACAGGGAAAUAUGUGCCCUUUAAGGAAAAGAGAAAUAUAUUCCAUCUACCCUAUUUCUGUUGUUGUAUUGUUAUAUGGAAAAACAUUAUUGAAAAGAAAAACAAAUAAAAUGGUUUGACAUCAU